AUGUCUGACUCAAAAGUGACGAAUGAACUAAAAAAUAUUAUACCCGAUACUAAAUAUUAUUUAACAAAUGAUGAAGUUAACACUCUUACAACGAAAUAUGGUAUAUCAACUGAACAAUUAAUAAUUGAAUUAAUUGAUGUAGUUAAAGUACGAGCAAAAUGCGUUACUUCAAAAUGUUAUGUUGGAGCUAUUGGUGUUGGACGACAAACAAAAAAUUUUUAUUUUGGUGUUAAUUUGGAAUUUUCAGGUCAAACGUUGGCUCAAAGUGUACAUGCUGAACAAUUUCUUAUUGCACUUGCUCAUUGUAAAGGUGAGGAAGGAAUUGAAUUGAUUUCAGUUUCACAUUUUCCUUGUGGUCAUUGUAGACAAUUUUUAAAUGAAUUAUAUCAAAGUGAUAAAAUCAAAAUUUUACUUCCAAAUGAACAGCUACAAUAUUCAUUAUCUGAUCUUUUACCGUAUGCAUUCAAUCUCGGCACAGGAUAUUUAUUAUCCUUUUCAUCGGUAAACAAAUUAAAAUUAAAAAUUGAAUCUACUGAAGAUCCUCUGGUUCAUUGUGCUUUCAAAUUUGCUUUGAAUUCCUAUGCGCCAUAUUCAAAUAGUCCAUCAUCAGUUGGUAUUCAGUUGGAUACCGGCGAAAUGUUUGCUGGUGCCUAUUUGGAAAGUGUUGCAUAUAAUCCAAGUCUCCCACCUCUUCAAGUUGCUCUUGUCCAUUUAAUAGCCAAUGGAAAAGAAUAUGAACAAAUUAAACGUGUUAUUCUUCUUGAAUUGGAAAGUUCUUAUGGAUGUCCAUCACAAUUUUAUUCAACAUUUGCUCUUUUAAGAUCAAUUGCACCGAAUGUUACUCUUGAAACAUAUGAACUUAGUGUUUUAAAUAAUUGA